UUCACUGUUUACACGCGGAGCGGCUGGAGCUUUCGGCCUCAGUCAGGCGCUCCGCUCCGUUUCGGUUUCACUUCCGGUGAGGGGCCGCCUCGGAGCGGGCGGUGAGCCGACGGCGAGCGCAGGCGGCGGCGGUGACUGCGGCGCCGCUGCCGGGGGGCGUGCAGCAGCGCGGCGGCAGCGGCGGCUGGGCCUCGAGCGCCCGCAGCCCACCUCUCAGGGGCGGGCUCCCGGAGCGAUCAGGGCGGACGAGAAGAUGGAGGAGCUGGUGGUGGAAGUGCGGGGCUCCAAUGGCGCUUUCUACAAGGCAUUUGUAAAAGAUGUUCAUGAAGAUUCAAUAACAGUGGCAUUUGAAAACAACUGGCAGCCAGAGAGGCAGAUUCCAUUCCAUGAUGUGAGAUUCCCACCACCUGUAGGUUAUAAUAAAGAUAUAAAUGAAAGCGAUGAAGUUGAGGUUUAUUCCAGAGCAAAUGAAAAAGAGCCUUGCUGUUGGUGGUUAGCUAAAGUGAGGAUGAUAAAGGGUGAGUUUUAUGUGAUAGAAUAUGCAGCAUGUGAUGCUACAUACAAUGAAAUUGUCACAAUUGAACGUUUACGAUCAGUUAAUCCCAACAAACCUGCCACAAAAGAUACUUUCCAUAAAAUCAAACUGGACGUGCCAGAAGACUUACGACAAAUGUGUGCCAAAGAAUCGGCACAUAAGGACUUUAAAAAGGCAGUUGGUGCCUUUUCUGUAACUUACGAUGCAGAAAACUAUCAGCUUGUCAUUUUGUCUAUCAAUGAAGUCACCUCAAAGCGCGCACACAUGCUGAUUGACAUGCACUUUCGGAGUCUGCGCACUAAGCUGUCUCUGAUACUGAGAAAUGAAGAAGCCAGUAAGCAGCUAGAGAGUUCAAGGCAACUUGCCUCAAGGUUUCACGAACAGUUUAUCGUACGAGAAGAUCUGAUGGGUCUAGCUAUUGGUACUCAUGGUGCUAAUAUUCAGCAAGCUAGAAAGGUACCUGGGGUCACGGCUAUCGAUCUAGAUGAAGAUACCUGCACAUUUCAUAUUUAUGGGGAGGAUCAGGAUGCAGUGAAAAAGGCUCGAAGCUUUCUGGAAUUUGCUGAAGAUGUCAUACAAGUUCCAAGGAACUUAGUAGGCAAAGUAAUAGGAAAAAAUGGAAAACUGAUUCAGGAGAUUGUGGACAAGUCAGGAGUUGUGAGGGUGAGAAUUGAAGCUGAAAAUGAGAAAAAUGUUCCACAAGAAGAGGAAAUUAUGCCACCAAAUUCCCUACCUUCCAGUAACUCAAGGGUUGGACCUACUCCUUCAGAAGAAAAAAAGCAUAUAGAUGUAAAGGAAAACAGCACUCAUUUUUCUCAGCCUAACAGCACAAAAGUCCAGAGGGUGUUAGUGGUUUCAUCAACUGUAGCAGGGGAAUCCCAGAAACCUGAACUCAAGGCUUGGCAGGGUAUGGUACCAUUUGUUUUUGUGGGAACAAAAGACAGCAUCGCUAAUGCCACUGUUCUUCUGGAUUAUCACCUGAACUAUUUAAAGGAAGUAGACCAGUUGCGUUUGGAGAGAUUACAAAUUGAUGAGCAAUUGCGACAGAUUGGAGCUAGUUCUAGACCACCACCAAAUCGUACAGAUAAGGAAAAAGGCUAUGUGACUGAUGAUGGUCAAGGAAUGGGUCGAGGUAGUAGACCUUACAGAAAUAGGGGGCACGGCAGACGCGGUCCUGGAUAUACUUCAGGAACUAAUUCUGAAGCAUCAAAUGCUUCUGAAACAGAAUCUGACCACAGAGAUGAACUCAGUGAUUGGUCAUUAGCUCCAACAGAGGAAGAGAGGGAGAACUUCCUGCGCAGAGGAGACGGGCGACGGCGUGGAGGUGGAGGAAGAGGACAGGGAGGAAGAGGACGCGGAGGCGGCUUCAAAGGAAACGAUGAUCACUCCCGAACAGAUAAUCGUCCGCGUAAUCCAAGAGAGGCUAAAGGAAGAACAGCAGAUGGAUCCCUCCAGAUCAGAGUUGACUGCAAUAAUGAAAGGAGUGUCCACACUAAAACAUUACAGAAUACCUCCAGUGAAGGUAACCGGCUGCGCACGGGUAAAGAUCGUAACCAGAAGAAGGAAAAGCCAGACAGCGUGGAUGGUCAGCAACCACUUGUGAAUGGAGUACCCUAAACGGCAUAAGUCUGGAGUUAUAUCCCCUAUACCAUUUCCGUAAUUCUUAUUCCAUAUUAGAAACUUUGUUAGGCCAAAGACAAAUAGUAGGCAAGGUGGCACAGGGCAUGAAAUGAACACCAAUUCUGUUAAGAAUUUUAUUUUUUGUCAUAUUGGCCAUAAGCAACAGCUUUCAGAUUUGCACAAAGAAAGAGAUCUUAAAAUUUUGAAACAUUACUUUUAAGUAAUUAAGUAUACUUAGCACUUCAGGACAGGAUUUUCGUUUGGUUUAUUUUUUAAAUACCAAGCAGUGGUAUUCUUUCUUAAUUUGGACCGUUACCCUGCGUUGGGUGAUAACUCACUGGUACAUUUCAGUUUUUCUGAAUAAAUAGCAUUUAUGGUAAUCAUAUUACACUUCUGUUUUCAGUCUCAUACGGAAGGCCAAUGACAUUUCAUGUCCUGUGUCAGUUUAUGUUUUGGUCCACUUUUCCAGUAUUUUAGUGGACCCUGAGAUAUGUGUGAUGUGACGUUUGUCAUUUUCAUUAGCAAAAAAAAAGUUGUAUGAUCUGUGCCUUUUUUAUAUCUUGGCAGGUAGGAAUAUUAUAUUUGGAUGCAGAGUUCAGGGAAGAUAAGUUGGAAACACUAAAUGUUAAAAGAUGUAGCAAACCCUGUCAAACAUUAGUACUUUAUAGAAGAAUGCAUGCUUUCCAUAUUUUUUUUUCUUACAUAAACAUCAGGUUAGGCAGUAUAAAGAUUAGGACUUGUUUUUGUUUUUGUUUUGUUGCACUGAAGUUUGACAAAUAGUGUUAUUGAGAGGGAUGUGUAAUUUUUCUAUAUAGACAGGAGAAGAAAUAACUGUCUUUUCAUUUGAGAGAGGCUAAAACAUUUUCAGCUAGGAACAAAUCUUCCUGGUCAAAAGUUAGUAGGAUAUGCCUGCUCUUUGGCCUGAUGACCAGUUUUAAAUUCGAGCUGUUUUUAUUUUGUCCUCCCCAAGUUUUGUGAAGUUUUUCAUAUUUUAAUUUCAAGCUUAUUUGGGGGAGAUAGGAAGGUCAUUUCCAUGUGUGCAUAAUAAUCCUGUGAAGUACAGGUACUUUGUCUAAGAAACAAUGGAAACAGGUUAAAUGUUUUGUAAACUUUGAAAUAUUAGGUCCAAAUGUAUAAGCAGAAUUGGAAAGCAGACUAGGAUUGGUUAACAAAUGAUACUUUUUUUCUUUAGUUUUUUGACGUGUUGGAUUUUGGGUUUGAGUCUCUUU